AUGUUUAGAGUGAGAUCACAGAGUUUAUACGUUUAUGGGAAAGUGCCUUUCCAAUUGUAUGAUUGCUUAACAGAUGCAAUCCUUGCAUCAAGCACUGACAACUAUCCUGAAGAAAGCAUCCUGAAUACAUUAGAACCAAGUGAUCGGGUUGGCUGCAAGGUUUCAUACUGGUCUAGUAGAGGAGAAAGUGAUCCUACAUUUCCUGAGACAUUAACAUAUAAAAUAAUCUCAAAGUUGUGCCUGAUUUCAAAAAUUCAUAAAUAUUAUGAUUUUGUAACAACAUAUUUCCAGUUUGGCUUUCCCCUUAAUUCAACAAAAGUUGUGAGAUUCAGAGUGGGACAUCCUAACGUUAAAAUAGAUGUAGAAAUUGACGACAGACAUGAAUCUGCGGCUGCUCAAGGAUCUUUAAUAGACAAAAUUGUAUGGACAUAUACCUCACCAGCAUUUCCCAUGGCUCAG